CCAGACAUUCUGUCUAUGGCUCAUGUGCGAUGCCUCACGCCCUCCCCUGCUCUGCUGUUUACAUCUGCAAUGUCUCUAAUAAUGGUAAUAUCAGGAAGUUUCACCAGUAUUGUGAACUUUUUCAGUUUUAUAGCAUGGCUUUUCUAUGGCAUGACUAUUUCUGGGCUCCUGUAUUUAAAAAUCAAGAAACCAGAACUGCCAAGAUCUUACAAGGUCCCAAUUAUCAUCCCCAUAAUCGUGCUGAUGGCAGCUGUGUACCUGGUGUUAGCUCCCAUCAUUGAUCAGCCCCAAAUGGAGAUCCUCUACAUCAUCCUGUUCAUUUUCAGUGGCAUCAUUCUUUAUUUCCCACUGGUUCGCUUCAAGCGGCACCCUCGCUUUUUACAGACACUCACUUUACACCUCCAGCUGUUCCUGGAAGUUGCUCCGACCACCAGGGAUGCAAACUGA